GAUGCUCACAGAGGCGAAAGCAAAAUCCCGACCGUGAUAUGGUAUGACAAGGAUAAUAAAGCCACUGCGUUUGGCGCUGAGGCACUAAGCGCCGAUAUGCAAGACGAAGCGGAGGACAAUGGAUGGACACUCGCAAAGAAUUUCAAGCUUCAUCUCCACCCACAGACGAUGAAGGAGAAGUACAAUUUGGCCCUCGAUCCCUUACCCGUGGAUGUUCCCCUUUCGACGAUAUACAGAGACUUCUUCAAAUAUCUCGUUAAGCACACCCAAGAUACUUUCACAUACCGCGUCCUUGAUGGGGCUCGUGUGUGGAAGACACAUAUCCCUUCCGCCGAUAUCGUCAUCGCUCACCCGAAUGGGUGGGGUUUAAGGGAACAAGAGUUUUUGCGCACAGCGGCAGUGGCAGCUAGCAUUGUCCCCGAGUCCCAAUCACACACCCGGAUCUUCUUUGUCACUGAAGGCGAAGCCUCUGUCCACUACUGUAUGUUUCACGCUGACCUUGCAUCACAAUUUGAGCCGAACGUGAGGUUUGCCGUCUGCGAUGCGGGCGGGUCGACAGUCGACAUAACAGCUUACUCGGUGUCGGAAGUUCAUCCACAACUUCAGCUUCGCGAAGUGAAACCAUCGGCUUGUACUCAGGCGGGUGGUAUUUUCGUGAAUAAAGCUGCAGAGGACUACUUCCACCGCGUGUUCUCUGAUCCUGGGGCAUAUCUUCGGCCCGACGAAAUUAAAGACUUUGUCAAGCAUGCUAUAGAUGAUUUCGAAGCAACCGUCAAGAAAGCCUUCAAGGAUGUAUCGAGCAAAGGAAGCCUGGACAUAGGGCAAAGCCGGUACACUAAUCCGGCUCUUGGUGUGAAGCGUGGGCGGAUGACGCUGGACGGGGCAACCACUAAGACAUUCUUCCAACCAUCCGUGAACCAAAUUGUCAACUCUUUAAAAAAACAAACGUCCGGUAUCGAGUGCAAGCAUAUUCUGCUCGUCGGAGGCUUUGGAGAGAAUACAUAUCUGAGAGAAACGCUCAGGAGGAUCUUCGAGACAAGGACUGCCAAAUCCAAAGCAGUGUCGGAUGGUGUGGUUAUUUGGCGUGCUGCAUCCUCCGUCAUUGCGCGAGCUUGCCGCUUCCAGUACGGGUGCUGUGGAAUUGAGCGCUCGCCCGUCAAAGGAAUUGAUGGACGUGAAAGAAUUCCUGGGGUGUGGCAUCCUAUCGUCAGGCGUGGGGACAUCCUCCAGUCAGAUGAGGGAGCUGCGGAGGAAUUCUGUCGGUUUUAUCAAACCCCUUCUCCUGACCUUGGAUGUGUCUCCAGUGUCAUAUAUGCCUACACCAUACUUGGUCGGAAAGAGCCGUACUACGCAACGAACGUUGACGGUAAACUGGUCUGUACCGUCACUGCAGAUAUCAAUGUGUCUGGGAUCCGAAAAAAAUAUUGGCAAUUGGAUUUCAAGAUUGGCAUCCAAUUUGGCGGAACUGAACUUCAAGCGUAUCUUGAAUGGAUUGAAGAUGGAAAGACAUGCAAGAGUCCGGCUCAAAUCAUCCCAAACUCGCUGAUUUGAACACACUCCGUGAUUCGACUUAUCUCCGCUGUUAUUUGUCGUUAAUUUAUGUCAUGAUUCCGUUUGUUGCAUGUACCCCGUUAUCACUGGGCC